AUGCUCCGCACGCCGAGCCUGGAGCCCGUGUCCCUGAACGUCGGCGGCACCGUCUACACUACCAACGGCGAGACGCUGAGCCGCUUCCCGGACUCUAUGCUGGGUGCGAUGAUCCGGGGGCAGCUCCCGAGUAGCCGGGACCCAGCGGGGAAUCUCUUCAUCGACCGCGACGGCAAGACCUUCCGGCAUAUCCUCAACUACCUGCGGUCUUCGCAUCUCGACCUGCCCGAGGAUUACAAGGAAAUGAGUCUGCUGCGGAGGGAGGCGGAUUUCUACCAAAUCCAGCCGCUCCUGAGGGAUCUCAGCGACCGCGGCCACAACCUGGGCAAUGCGCUCCUGCAGUGCAACAUCUUGUCCCACACACAGACCCUCCACUUCACCCUUAAGGAGGGACCCCUCAACUACGCCCUCUCCACCUGCCCCGUCACCACCUACCAAGCGCAGGUCUUCUGCACCUGCCCCUCCGUCCUUGCCGUCCUGCGAGAGCGGCUGGUGCUGAGCCCGGACCCUUCCUCCGGGGCCGAUAGUAGCCCCCCUCUUCCUCCUCCUCGCCACCGCCUGCAGCUAGAGUGGACCCCAACGGCCGACGAUUUGCCGGCGGCCGAGUACUCCCGGCAGGGCUUCCGCCGCCUCCUCACCCGCCCCGAAGGCCGGGAGCUGCCGGACGCCCGCAGCCUGGUAGAAGAGGUGCUCGGCCUGGCCCUGAGCCGCGGCUUUCGCCUCGACUAUGCCUCCCCGCUGCCCUCCGAUGUGCUGGGCUGCACGGCGCUCCGCUUCGUCCGGUACUGAGACCCCGGGAGGGGCCGCUAUGUGUGGGAGGUGGGAGAGACCCAG